GCGGAUCCCACGGCGGGGCUGGACUGGGCUGCCUGAACCCCGUGGCGGCCUGCGGGUGGCGCGGGCGCGGGCAGGAUGGGGAACCGGGAGAUGGAGGAGCUGAUCCCCCUGGUGAACCGCCUGCAGGACGCCUUCUCCGCGCUGGGGCAGAGCUGCCUGCUGGAGCUGCCGCAGAUCGCGGUGGUGGGCGGCCAGAGCGCGGGCAAGAGCUCGGUGCUCGAGAACUUCGUGGGCAGGGACUUCCUGCCUCGAGGGUCAGGCAUCGUCACCAGACGACCUCUUGUGCUGCAGCUUGUUACCUCCAAAGCAGAAUAUGCUGAGUUUCUUCAUUGCAAAGGAAGAAAGUUUACAGAUUUUGAUGAAGUUCGCCAUGAGAUUGAAGCAGAGACAGACCGCGUGACCGGCAUGAACAAGGGCAUUUCCUCCAUUCCCAUCAACUUGCGAGUCUACUCUCCACACGUCUUAAAUCUCACCCUCAUCGACCUGCCGGGGAUCACGAAGGUGCCCGUGGGGGACCAGCCGGCAGAUAUCGAGCAUCAGAUCAGAGAAAUGAUUCUGCAGUUCAUCACGCGGGAGAACUGCCUGAUCCUGGCUGUCACCCCGGCCAAUACCGACCUGGCAAACUCCGACGCACUGAAGCUGGCCAAGGAGGUGGACCCGCAAGGUCUAAGAACCAUUGGAGUCAUCACCAAACUGGAUCUCAUGGAUGAAGGAACAGAUGCCAGAGAUGUCCUGGAGAACAAGCUGCUGCCUCUGCGCAGGGGUUACGUGGGGGUGGUGAACAGAAGCCAGAAGGACAUAGACGGGAAGAAGGACAUCAAGUCGGCCAUGCUGGCGGAGCGGAAGUUCUUCCUCUCGCACCCGGCGUACAGACACAUUGCUGACCGGAUGGGGACCCCGCACCUGCAGAAGGUCCUCAAUCAGCAACUUACCAACCACAUUCGGGACACCCUGCCGAACUUCAGGAACAAACUGCAGGCCCAGCUGCUCUCCAUAGAACACGAGGUCGAAGCCUUCAAGAACUUCAAGCCGGAGGACCCCACCAGGAAGACUAAAGCGCUGCUGCAGAUGGUUCAGCAAUUUGCUGUGGACUUUGAGAAGAGAAUCGAAGGCUCGGGGGACCAGGUAGACACCCUGGAGCUCUCAGGGGGCGCGAAAAUCAAUCGCAUCUUCCACGAACGCUUUCCUUUUGAAAUCGUAAAGAUGGAGUUCAAUGAGAAAGAGUUGCGAAGAGAAAUAAGCUAUGCAAUCAAAAAUAUACAUGGUAUCAGGACAGGGCUGUUUACUCCGGACAUGGCCUUUGAAGCGAUAGUCAAGAAACAAAUUGUGAAGCUGAAAGGACCUUCCUUGAAGAGUGUGGAUCUGGUAAUGCAAGAAUUAAUCAACACUGUCAAGAAGUGUACCAAAAAACUGGCGAACUUCCCCCGACUCUGCGAGGCGACGGAGAGGAUCGUGGCUCACCACAUCCGCGAGCGGGAAGGGAAGACCAAGGACCAGGUGCUGCUGUUGAUUGACAUCCAAGUCUCCUACAUCAACACCAACCAUGAAGACUUCAUUGGCUUUGCCAAUGCUCAGCAGAGGAGCAGUCAGGCUCACAAGAAAAACACAAUUGGAAAUCAGGGAACCAAUCUUCCGCCUUCAAGGCAAAUUGUGAUCCGCAAGGGCUGGCUGACCAUCAGCAACAUCGGCAUCAUGAAAGGGGGCUCCAAGGGGUACUGGUUCGUCCUCACGGCUGAAAGCUUGUCCUGGUAUAAGGAUGACGAGGAAAAAGAAAAGAAGUACAUGCUCCCCUUGGACAACCUGAAGGUUCGAGACGUGGAAAAGAGCUUUAUGUCUAGCAAGCACAUCUUUGCACUCUUUAAUACAGAACAAAGGAACGUGUACAAAGACUACCGCUUCCUGGAGCUGGCCUGUGACUCCCAGGAGGACGUGGACAGCUGGAAGGCCUCUCUGCUCAGAGCUGGCGUCUAUCCCGACAAAUCUUUAACUGAAAACGAUGAGAAUGGCCAAGCAGAAAACUUUUCCAUGGACCCCCAGCUGGAGAGGCAGGUGGAAACCAUUCGCAACCUCGUGGACUCCUACAUGUCGAUCAUCAACAAAUGCAUCCGCGACCUCAUUCCAAAAACAAUAAUGCACCUGAUGAUCAAUAAUGUGAAGGACUUCAUCAACUCCGAGCUCCUGGCCCAGCUGUACUCCUCCGAGGACCAGAACACCCUGAUGGAGGAAUCAGCCGAGCAGGCUCAGCGCCGGGACGAGAUGCUGCGUAUGUACCAGGCGCUUAAAGAAGCCCUGGCGAUCAUUGGCGACAUCAGCACCGCCACGACCUUCACCCCCGCCCCGCCGCCCGUGGACGACUCCUGGAUCCUGCACUCCCGCAGGUCGCCCCCGCCGAGCCCCACCACCCAGCGGAGGCCGACGCUGAGCGCCCCCCUGACGCGGCCCGCGUCUGGCCGGGGGCCCGCCCCCGCCAUCCCCUCCCCGGGGCCCCACGCGGGGGCGCCCCCAGUUCCCUUCCGGCCGGGCCCGCUGCCGCCCUUCCCCAACAGCAAUGACGCGUUCGGAGCCCCUCCGCAAGUCCCCUCUCGGCCCACCAGGGCCCCGCCCAGCGUCCCCAGCCGGAGACCACCCCCAUCACCAACUCGUCCCACUAUAAUCCGUCCACUAGAGUCCUCCCUGUUAGACUAAACGAAGUGUCUGGCAUGGCAGUUCAUGACUAAUGAAUCAUGCGAACGCACACACUUGGUAACCGUUGCAGUCGAUCAUGGUAGUCGCAUGUGCGGACAUCCAUAGGCAAGUAGCCCCGUCUCACUAAGGCCCCCGUCACCCCUCCGCGUUGCUCCUGGGACGGCAGACCUCUGGGGUUGACUCUGUGGAGUCCUCGAGGCUCUCUGUGUUGUCUCGGCCCAGGUAGGUUUGUGCGGCAGCCAUGUCCUCUGGGGAACGUUUGCCUGCCCUUGGCGUCUGUCUGAAAUCGCUUUGGACGAGUUUCCCAGGUUACCUUCCAGAGAGCCCAUUAAGUAUAAUUCUUAAGAGAUCUCAGAUGGUGGGCUUAGACCUAAGCCAUACAUAUUUCUUUUCCCACAUUCUGUUUUGGUUGACAGAAAAGAUACUGUUUAUUAUUAAUGUUUCUGUCUACUCCAUAAUUACCCAUUUGUAUCCUUUCCUUCCUCUUUAUUUCAUAAGACUGCUAGGAAGUGAUUUUUUAAAAUCAGGGUUUCUUAAGAAGAAAGCUUUUCCAGAAGUGCAAGGUAGUUUGCAAAGGAAAAGUGAAUGCAUUGCUUGUUCUAGAGGCUUCUCCUCAGGCCAGUGUGGUUUUUGUUUUUUUUUCAUGCUAGAAGCUCAUUCAACAACACACUGGAGCUUGUUUUUUUCUGUAAUCAUCCAGCAGAUUUGACUAGUUAAUUUCAGAAUUCAGGAAGAAGCAAAACAUCACAUCGCUAGAAGUAUCUGGAAAAUGUAAUUUCUUUAUUCAUUUAUAUAAUCACCUCCUCAUAGGUUACAGUGAAGGCUGACGUGGAGAAUUAUUUUUUUUCCCCAGAUUCAUCCCAAUUUUAGGCACGGCUGACUACACUUUGACACUAACUCCAGUUUAUGUAUUUAUUUGGUUGGUUGGGGCAGAAAUAUUCCUCUCUUUCUCUAAUACGUAAUUCCCUUAUGUAAAAAUGUAGCGUACCUUUAAAACAGGCUUAAAGUAACUUUCUAUCCAUUCUAGGCUUUCUUAAUAAUUCGUAAGCCUUGCUAUGGGAUAGCCCUAUUUCAAAAAUGGGCCCCGGAAUGAAAAGAAAAGUCAUUUCGUUUAAGAGCAGAGUUCACAGCUUUUAUAGUUGCCCAACUUCAGAGUCUUGAUCCGGGUCAUUCCAGAGAAGCGUAUUAAGACAUGGAGAUCUAAAGCAAAUGGGCAAAUUCUAACUUCUGAAAUGUACAAGAGCCCUUCUUCCCGGGGGUUAAUAGUUCAGUCUUGAGGCUGAGUUUUGGACGACCUCGGACCAAUGAUUAGCACGUAGGAAACAGCCAGAAGCCAACUGGCAUUUUGCCGGCGGACUGUUCCCAGACAGCAGACCAAGGCUUCCCUGCAUAGCGGUGUCCCGCGACGCUAUUUCAUACUCUGCCGAAGUAAAUCAGGUUUCACCAACUGAAGUGUCUCCCUUUGAAAGCGGCAAACAUGAUUUGUAUGUUAACUUAACUUUAAUUUCCUGUGUAGUUUAUACCCAAAGCAGACACCCAUAAACUAUGAAGUAAAAACUUUCAGCCGUUAUUAAAAAGAGAACUCGCUGAGCUGAAUGGCGUUGUUCUAAACUUGUUCUAAAGGGUUACGGCUAGCCCACUUAGGCAGAACUCAGAGAGUUCAAGAUUCGUUAGAAAGGGCAUUUCAGCUUUUAAGUUACAUGGGAUUGUAUAAAGAUCACCACCUUAAAUCUUCUCAUAUCUUAUUUUUUUUUCCAGCAGAAAAAAAUUAACUUUGUGAAGGGAGCAGAUGGGCAAGAAACACACUGUAUUUUAAAAAUAGUGUCACCGCUAAAUGGACAUAUGUUAUGUAAACAUCCAAAGUGAAAUAAAUAAUCUACAGUGAGAUCUUUUUAUAAAAUCCCCUCUUUUAAGGGUUCCCUUUGCUUCUUCCUUUGAAUUCUCAGAAAGAGGCAGCUCACGGAGUAUAUACUCCAGGGUUUGGCUUUGGGCUCUAUGUGGUUUGCGUUUUGCUGCAUUUCAAAAAUGUCCUUCUGUUCAAGGAAAAUAUUGUGGACAGCCAUGGGUGUGUUCUUAGCUCAGCACAAACCGUGUCAAAGAAAAUUGGAGACUCUUUUUCCGGGUUUCUUUCCCCUGAUCUAAUGCAGUCGUAAACAAUGGCCUUUGUCCUCUGUGGCUCCUGCUCUCAGAUUGUUACCCCCCAGUCCCACUGUCCCAGCUGCCUCUCCCGUGGGUGUGUUUUUAUUCUAGUUCACGUCUGCAUUGCUUCUGACGGGCCCCGGCCCCCCUGGAAUUUCAGCCGGCGUGGUGGAGCGUGUGUUCGGUUCGCCACAGUGCCGUGUCAUGUGACUGGCACUGACCCCAUUUCCCUGAGGGUUUGCGUCCUGCGAAGGGGAGGCGUCCGUGUCGAUGUGAACAAAGUCGGGGACGCUAGGACGUGGCCGGCCUGAAGUGCAGCGUCCCUGUCAGGCCUUCAGACGGGGAUGGCGUUUCAUGUGCUUCCUGAGGGUUUCCUGCUCCACGUCAAGUCUUUUGUAGCCUCCCCAGAACCCCGAUGUGGCCUACGUAACACACGGAGCUCUGUCACGUCUAGUAUAACGAGAUAAAACAGUGUUUCAGGAUUUGGAAAAAUACACUGUCUAUUUGAUAGGUAAAUCUAUUUCAAUGUCACAGGCUAAAUCUUGCAUGCUUAUUGAUUAAUUGGAAUAACUGUUUACUCAACUGUGGACAGAUUAUUGAAAUAGUGUUAAUUUAGAACAGCUAUAUUGCAUUUCCAGAAAUCAUCUACCCAAAUGACUCUGCCAAAUAUUGCUUUUAGCUGUGUUUUGUAACAUAGCAGAGCAGUGGGGUCUGUUUAUUAGCAAAUUGCCUAGGUGUUCAGAUACAAACUCACCUAUUCCAAAACUGGUUAUAAUGGAACCAGUUCCUGUGGUGUAACUAUAAGCCUUCUGAAUUUAGGAUUAAAAAGUAGUCAUAUAGAUUAAUUUUAUGACUUUUUAGUAUAGCGUUAACCAUAAUUCUCAAGUAUGAAAUGGGACCUAAUACCAGUAUGUGAUAAAUGUUGAUGUUUUCUGUGUACAAACAUAUUUUCUAUGCAUGUGUCUUUAUGUAUUACAGUAUAUACAUAGUGCAUUUGUUUCUGUGAGUACAUGUAUUUUGUACCCCUUUGGGUAGGUAGGUAGGUCUAAAAGCACUUGUUAAAAAUGCCACAAGCAUGAGUGUGAUUGUGUGUGCACUGUGUAUAUGUGUAUGUGUGUAAAUAUUUAUGCGUACGUGUACUCUGUAUGCGUGGGUAUGAAUAUGUUUUUUAAACUGGGCCAGUACCGGAGGCAGCUUUGGAGGAUCUGCUAUAAUGCGCGGUAACAGCAGUUCACGCCUCCCAGCGUCUGGGAG